CUCUGCAACUACAUACAUUUAGCAUCUGACAAUCUCAAUAUAUUUUGCAUGCCUGAAGGGGUAAAAAACAUAUAUAUAUAUAUAUAUAUUUUUUUAAUUCCAGAGGCUUUUUAUUGGGAUUUACCAACACACAAGCCAGGUGAUUUUGGCCAUUUUUUCCCUGAUGGACGGCGUUGCAUUCACUCUUUAGUGGAAAAAUACAGUUUUGAUUCUUCCAAAAUCAGACAUUAAGAGUGCCAAGAAGAUGCAGAAGCACGUGGAGGUCAGGAUAGACGAGGGCCACUUGGAGCCCACAGUGGAUGCGACUGACAGCAUAUGCAGCACUAUCUGUGAUAAGGUCAUGAAGAACAUGGUUCUCACGCUCACAAUUCUUGGGGUGUUUCUCGGUUCCAUUGCUGGAAUGUUGCUGCGGCACAUAUCGCCUCUCCCUCCUGAUGUUAUUUUGAUCAUAAGCUUCCCGGGGGAGAUCCUAAUGAGGAUGCUGAAGAUGCUUAUUUUGCCUCUUGUUGUUUCGAGUCUUGUCACAGGACUAGCCGGCUUGGACGCUAAAUCUAGCGGCCGAUUAGGCACCAGAGCCAUGGUGUACUACAUGACAACAACAGUGAUUGCAGCUGUCUUGGGGGUGAUCCUAGUGCUGCUCAUCCAUCCCGGGAACCCCAAGCUGAAGGCCAAUCUCGGCCAGGGAAAGAAGAACGACGAUGUUUCCAGUAUGGACGCUUUAUUCGAUCUCAUCCGGAACCUGUUCCCAGAAAACUUAGUGCAAGCCUGCUUCCAACAGAUACAAACUGUGACCAGCAAAAUACCCGUGCCCACCAACAGAACCAAAGCACCCCCGCAGUUCACAAUCAAGAGGUCCCUCCAGUUCAAGAGUGGGAUGAAUGUUCUUGGUUUAAUUGGAUUCUUUGUUGCUUUCGGAGUCAUCAUGGGGAAAAUGGGGGAAAAAGCCAAGUUGAUGCUGGAGUUCUUCAACGUCCUGAAUGAGAUCGUCAUGAAGAUUGUCGGUGCAAUUAUGUGGUACUCGCCUUUUGGUAUUGCAUGCCUAAUCUGCGGGAAGAUCAUCUCUAUUGCCGACCUCGAAGUGGUCGCCCGGCAGCUGGGGAUGUACAUGGUCACCGUGAUCGUGGGCCUCAUCAUCCACGGAGGCAUCUUCCUCCCACUGAUAUAUUUUGUGAUAGUCAGACAAAACCCUUUCAAGUUCUUCAUGGGAAUAUUCCAAGCCUGGGUCACGGCACUUGGAACGGCAUCCAGCGCCGGAACCUUGCCAGUCACGUUCCGAUGUCUGGAGGAGAACCUGAAAAUCGACAAGAGAGUAACGCGUUUUGUCCUCCCCGUGGGCGCCACCAUCAACAUGGACGGCACCGCGCUUUAUGAGGCCGUGGCUGCCAUUUUCAUCGCUCAGAUGAACGGAAUCGAACUCGACUGGGGCCAAAUUGUCACAGUCAGUAUGACGGCUACCCUGGCCAGUGUGGGAGCAGCCAGUAUUCCGAGCGCUGGACUGGUCACCAUGCUGCUCAUCCUCACAGCAGUGGGUCUGCCCACUCAGGACAUCAGCCUCCUCGUGGCUGUCGAUUGGCUCCUGGAUCGAUUCCGUACUUCAGUCAACGUGGUCGGAGACUCGUACGGCGCCGGUAUCGUGUACCAUCUUUCCAAAGACGAGCUGGACUCUUUCGACGCCCAGCAAACCAGGCUGGACGACUUUGAGAUGGCUAAAACGAAAUCCUUCUUUGAAAAUAACGCCAACCAGAACGUUUACGCUCACCACAACUCAAUCUUGAUAGACGACUGCAAGGUCACCAUGGGCAAAAAUGGCAAGACUUCAGGGUUCUCUCUUGUCGAAGAGGAACCGUGGAAAUGCGAGUAAAGCAGACCCAGAUGCUGCUGCGCCUUACCCUGAGUUCCACAAGCGUUUUCCUUUUGAUGACAAAACCAUACCAUUACCAAUGACAAUACGAGACCACCAUUUUUUUUUCUUCAUUUUGGAUAGCUUCACGUCAUGUAGGUUGUGCUUUUUGCACGGAAUUUCAACGAACUGGUGCAUUUUCGGCACCGACAAAAAAGAAGGUUGAGAAGACUCAGGGCCUUACUCGGUGCAAGCUUCCUGUUUUGUCAACUGCAGAAUUCUUCAACCUUUUGUAACAUCUCACGACACUUUUGUAUUCAAACUCUUUGUGCUGCGUUAAUAGCGGAGAUACUAUUUCAUGGACAAUGGCUGUGCCAGUUUAUUAAGAAGACUAAACCACUUUACAGACAAUAUGAAAGUUGUGCAAAAUUAUCUGGCUUUAGAAUUUUUGAUGCUUUGAAUGUGUAUUUUCUUUUUUCAGUUUGGGGUAAUUGCUACGACAAAUGUUUUAGAAAUGUUGACUGUAGGUUUAAAAAAUGAAAACACGGUCAAUAGGUUGGUCUUUUGGGUAAUUAUUUGAGAACUCGAAUAACAUCAGUUUACAGAGGAGAACGUUUAACGCUGCUACAGAAAGGAGGAAGAAACCAAGAAGAGAGAGAGACAAAAAAGUUUCAGGUGAGAGGGAUGGUAGGGGUUGGUCAAAGUGUACCGUCCUGGGAACGGGAAGGAAGGAUGAGCAAAACACACUUUGUCUGAUUGUGAUAUUAGUGAAAACUAGGAAUGUUUUCAUUGGUUAUGGAAAAGUCAAUAUUAAUCAUAAAAUAAAACCAUUUGGAGAGUAACCUUUGACCAAAAGACAAAUACAAUUUAAAGGAGUAAUUUCCCAACAGUUUUGGAGAAAAUGGGAGUUACAGACAUCUCUAUCAGACUCCAGGAGUUUAGCAAAAACCAGGCCAAUGCAGUGAAGAGAUGCAUUACCACAGAAAUUAUAUGAGGACCGUUACUUAGACUGAACAUUUUAGACAAUAUAUUACUAAAAUAAUCAUUUUUUCCACAACAGUAGACACAUUUUUGCAGCAAAUUCCUGAAAAUGCUGUAGUGCUUUUGUUGUACAGAGGAAUUUGGAUAAGAUUAAUACAUUGGAAGAUCUUUGAAGGGAGAAGUAGUUGAACAGCCCUGGUCUAUGGGAACAGAAUGUGUACAGAAGGUACAGACUCUGCAUGGCAUUAGGAUGCAACGUCAAGACGGUAAACCCUGCAUUACCUUUCACUUUCCGACUAAUGGGAUUGCACACUGAUGUCGCACACGCAGUCAAGCCUAAGCCGAAAGCUUAGGUCUUAGACCUUGAGAGGAAAAAGGUAUGGCCUACGGUUAUGGCGACAACCAGCACAUGAUGUGUUGUUUUAAUAGUGGUGCCCUCCACGUUAUUGAUGUGUUUUGUUUGUAAAUAUGUUACGAUUGAAACACUGCAUUUUUAAAAGUAGUUCAAACGUAUGUCUGGGAUUGGGGUGUGCUGUUUCUGAGAGCGAGAGGGGAUGAUCAGCGAGGUGAACAUGUAUUCAAAAGCUGUAAAUGACUCUCACAUGCUCCAGGCUAGUGCACUUUUUUCAAACCUGGUGUUUUCUUUUUUUUUUGUUUAUCUAACUUGCCUUGAAGAAGUAAACUGCACAGUGCAGUCAGAGUGUCGACAUUUAAGGGUAAACGUUAAUCUGGGACACCCAUCGACUAGAGGGAAUGAUUAGUGUGAGCUGCAUGAGGACGGCUGGGCCCCUCUCAUCAGACCAAUUUGUUUUUAAUUACAUAUCUCCGUUGUGUUUGUUUAUGAGGUGUACAAUUGAUUCGGUCAAGACCAUUGGAUGCAAACCGUGUCUAGCGAUAUCAAUUUUAAUGAGUGUGAUUCGGUGUUGCAUCUUUUCGAUUUUGUUCAUAUAUUUUGGUAAUGCUAAUUCAUAUUUAAAGUGCCUCCCUGCACUUUGCGUAUAUCAGGGGUGUCCAAACUUUUUCCACUGAGGGCCGCACACUGAAAAAUCAAAGCAAGCGGGGGGCCAUUUUGAUAUUUUUUAUUUAAAAAAAAAAACCAAUACAAUAAAUGUAUAAAACAUAUACAUUUAGGCCUCCACUCUGGCUUGAUCCCGGUGAACCCAAAUGGUUUUGGUCAAAAAAAGAUAUAAAAAAUGCGUCAUUAUUUAUUAUUAUUAUUAUUAUUAUUAUUGUUCAAAGUUUAAAUCUCUAGAUCAGCAUUAGGUCUAUCUGUCAAUAUAACGCUUUUAAAGAUUUAAGUUGUGUGCCCCUUUUGUCAAAGAAAACCCAGUUUUUUUAUGGAAAAAACACCAAAUAUUCAAUAUUUUCCCCCAAUGAAAUUUUAAAGUGGAAUAUUUGAGAUUACACAAUAAUUGGAGCCUUAAAAAGGUCAAUAAUUCAUAACAACAUUGAUUUUAAUUCAUUAUUAUUUUUUGAGCAAUGACACACACAAAAAAAAUCCCACUAAAAUUAUUGGGGAUCCCAAAAGGGUCCUACUCAUUAAAGUGUUAAAAAAUAUAUUAUACAUUUUGUAUACUGUUUACUUUUAACACAAUAAUUUCAAGAUCAGCUUCAGAUCUAUCCGUCAAUUAUAAGUUUUAUUGUUGUUUGUGUUUUUUGUUUGUUUGUUUCAGGCCCUUCUUUUAAAAAAAACCAGCUCUGUUUUUUAUAUGACAAACACAAAAUAUGCAACAUUUUCCCCCAAAAAUAUCUCAAAGUGGAAUAUUUAAUGUGACAUAAUUGGAGCCUUGAAUAGGUCAAUAGUUCAUUAUGACAUUGAUUUUGAUUAAUUAUUAUGUUUUAAAGAAAGUAACAGCCUGCAUGGCAGCUUUGUGUUAUUAGAGUAAACAUUGCAACAUGUUCUUGUUACAUUUCACCUGUUUGCUCUUUUAUACCACUUGUUAUGUUUUAUAUUUUUUUUAAUCAUAUUUUUAGAAUGUGCCGUGGGGCCGUUAAAAAAAAUUAUUGCGGGCCGCAUUUGGCCCCCGGGCCGCACUUUGGACACCCCUGGCGUAUAUACACUAUAUAGCUAUACAGUUGUGGUCAAAAGUUUACAUACACCUGUAAAGAACAUAAUGGUCAUGGCUGUCUUGAGUUUCCAAUAAUUUCUACAACUCAUAUUUUUUGUGAUAGAGUGAUUGGAGCACAUACUUGUUGGUCACAAAAAACAUUCAUGAAGUUUGGUUCUUUUAUGAAUUUAUUAUGGGUCUACUGAAAAUGUGACCAAAUCUGCUAGGUCAAAAGUAUACAUAGAGCAGUGACGUGCGGUGAGGUUCAUGGCUGGUGAGGCACUGACUUCAUCACAGUCAGAUUUACAAACAUAUGAACCCUAAAGAGUAUCUUAUUCACCAUUUGAUUGGCAGCAGUUAACGGGUUAUGUUUAAAAGCUCAUUCCAGCAUUCUUCCCUGCUUGGCACUCAGCAUCAAGGGUUGGAAUUGGGGGUCAAAUCACCAAAAAUGAUUCUCGGGCGCGGUGCCGCUACUGCCCACUGCUCCCCUCACCUCCCAGGGGGUGAACAAGGGGAUGGGUCAAAUGCAGAGGACAAAUUUCACCACACCUAGUGUGUGUGACAAUCAUUGGUACUUUAACUUAACUUUAACUUUACACAUACAAACUGUAGCACACAAAAAAUCACAUUUAAUAAAAAAAAAUGUUAUUAUGGUCUUACCUUUACUUAUAAAUUAAGUCCAUGCGCCGCUCCUUUUGAACAAAAGCAUCGAUAACUUGUUUAUAGAAGUCUUCCUUAUCUUUCUUCAGUUUUAAAAGUCUCUCUGUCUCGAUAGAGAUCUUCCUUUAAUUAUUACCUCCUGCUUCGGUUGAAAGUCCAGUUUAGAAAACUGUUUUAUUUUAGAUAUGUAAUCCUCC